AUGGCCCGCUCUACCCCGAUCUCGCGCCACGUCGGCCGCCUGUCGCGCUCGCAGGUCGCCGCUAAGCGUGGUCUCUUCAAGGGCAAGAAGACCACCGCUGCCCCCAAGAAGGCUGAGGCCCCCACCACCGUCGAGAAGACUGUUGGCGGCAAGGCCAACGGCGAGAAGCGUGUGAUCCCCACCAACAAGGCGUCCAAGUACUACCCCACCGAGGACGUCCGCAAGCCCAAGCAGGCUCGCAAGCUCGCCGCCAAGGCCGGUCUCCGUGCCUCGAUCACCCCCGGCACCGUCCUCAUCCUCCUUGCCGGCCGCUUCUCGGGCCGUCGUGUUGUCUUCCUCAAGCAGCUCGACUCGGGUCUCCUCCUCGUCACCGGCCCCUUCAAGCUUAACGGUGUUCCCCUCCGCCGCGUCUCGCAGGCGUACGUCAUCGCCACCUCGACCAAGGUCGACGUCGCGGGCCUCAAGGUCCCCGAGUCGGUCAACGACGCCUACUUCGUCAAGGCCAAGUCGGCCAAGUCGACCAAGGAGGGCGAGUUCUUCGGCGAGAAGGGCGAGAAGAAGGCUUUCCCCGAGGACAAGAAGUCUGAGCAGAAGACCGUUGACGCCCCCGUCCUCGAGGCCGUCAAGAAGGUCGACAACCUCGCCAAGUACCUCAAGGCGUCGUGGGGUCUCUCCAAGAGCGACCGCUUCCACGAGCUCAAGUUCUAA